CGUUAUGGGUUUUCCGGCUCUUUUCUCUGAGUCGGAUCAAUUUAUUCAGUAGAAUUUUGUUCCAGACCACUUGUCCACAUCAUAGUAACAAUCAGCAUGUAAUCAUACCCUCGCUCCCACGCUGCUUACACGUACAGAGUCAAAUAAACGUCCAUUCUUCGUAUCCUGCGUCCAUUUACAAUAAAAAAGAGUCGGCUCUUCAGAAAUACGAGUCGGCACCAGUGUUCCUUAAAAAGAGCCGGCUCGUUCGCGAACGAACCACUAGUAACGCAACUAAUAUCGCAUGUGGUGGUUUUCAAUGUGUAUUUUUGAAAGGUUGUAUUUAAACAGUACUGUCACUACCCGAGAUGACGGGAGUGCUGAACUGCAUCCCAAAGCGACCCGGUGUUGGAGUAGGUGUUCUUGUUACUGAUGUUUUGAACCCUAAUUGUGUACUCCUAGGGAAGCGAAAAGGUUUGGUUGGUAAAGGUACUUAUCAGUUACCAGGGGGUCAUUUAGAGUUUGGGGAGACGUGGGAAGAUUGCGCUGCUCGGGAGGUAAUGGAGGAGGCGGCGAUACGGCUCAAAAACGUCAACUUCGCAUCUGUAGUGAACUCGAUCAAAUUGAUUGAGAACUACCACUACGUCACCAUCAUUAUGCAGGGCGAAUUGGACAGAAGCUAUUCAACUGAACCUGUGAAUGUGGAACCUGAUAAAAAUGAAGGGUGGGCUUGGACGAGAUGGGAGGACUUCCCACCUGAAGAACAGCUGUUUUUGCCCCUGGCGUGCCUAAGACAACAAGGCUUUCAACCAUUUUCGGAUGACCUAGCUCAAGGAAGCAGAGUAAAAUCUAAUGGAAAAACAUAAUCAAAGUAUUUGAGCUAUUAAAAUAGUCAGAUUUACUCAAAAGUGAUUUAUUUUCACUUAUUUUCAAGGAACAAAAAUAUAUUACACACAUUUUUUAAAUGCACUGAGACUAACAUGCAGUGUUGACAUUAUCAUGCAUUUUAAAAUAAACAACAUGCAUUCCUUUUUA